CGAUCUCAGGACCGGAAGUGUACUAUGGCGAUGCGACACAUACCUUAGCAAAAUGACGUGAAUUUAUAAUCUAAACUGUGUUAAUUAUGGAUACUAAGCCAAUUUACUCUCCUGAUAUUUGUUUGGCACACUGAGAUGGUGGAACACAAUGGGUUAAGUGGCAUCAGUGCGGUGGAUAGCCCAGCGUGGGGAGGCAGAGGACUGUCCACAGCAUGACCACUGAAGACUUGCUACAGCCUAACCAGGUCGUCAAGGACCGAUGGAAAGUCACAAAGAAGAUUGGUGGCGGCGGGUUUGGGGAGAUUUACGAGGCGUCAGACAUGGUAACGAAAGAAGCAGUGGCUCUGAAGCUGGAGUCAGCCAAGCAGCCCAAGCAGGUGCUCAAGAUGGAGGUGGCUGUGCUCAAGAAGCUGCAAGGUCGUGAUCAUGUCUGUCGCUUCAUCGGCUGUGGUCGAAAUGAGAGGUACAACUACGUGGUGAUGUCCCUACAAGGCAAGAACCUGGCCGAGCUGAGACGCAGUCAGCCACGUGGUUGUUUUUCUCUGAGCACCACACUGAGACUAGGGGCGCAGAUUCUAAAGGCCAUUGAGUCCAUCCAUGAAGUGGGCUUCCUCCACAGGGAUAUUAAACCAUCCAACUUCUCCAUGGGUAAAUCUGCAAACCACUGCCGCAAGGUUUAUAUGCUGGACUUUGGUCUAGCCCGCCAGUACACGACUGCCACAGGGGAGGUUCGACCACCACGAGCUGCAGCCGGCUUCCGGGGCACAGUCAGAUAUGCCUCUGUCAAUGCUCACAAGAAUAAGGAGAUGGGUCGUCAUGAUGACCUGUGGUCUCUGUUCUACAUGCUGGUUGAGUUCGUGGUGGGUCAGUUGCCAUGGAGAAAGAUUAAGGACAAGGAACAAGUGGGCACAAUGAAAGAGAAAUAUGAUCACACACUGCUGCUGAAAAACAUGCCUUCGGAGUUCCGCACCUUCCUGGAACACAUUCAGUCCCUGGACUACUACGACAAGCCCGACUAUGCUCUCCUGCACAACCUGUUUGAACAGUGUAUACGGCGCAAGUCCAUCAAGGAAGUGGAUCAUUAUGACUGGGAGAAGCCCUUUGUUGACAUGUCUGUCGCGACCACGACCUCACAACCUGUGGCCAUCAAACAGACUGCUGGGGGACAGGGUAACUUACAAGUUGGUCCUAACACACCUGGACAUGGCGCCACUGAACUGAUUGACGAGAACCUGAGCUACAACCAGGAGGAUGAGGAAAACCUAAAGAAACAGCCGGGUGACCUGAUUAUCGGGGACAAUAAGUACCCGCGAGAGAUGGACAACAAGCUGUGGGAAGAGAAAGUGGAGAUCAUCUUGUCACAGAAAGCUGACGUUGAAAAACAGGACGGAAAAUACGAGGCUGAGCAGAAAGGAAAGGAGGAACUUGAAGGUGAAGGUCAACAAAAGGAAAAUGGCAGCAAGGAUAGUAAGAGUAAUAACGGUGUGUUGAUUGAAGAGAAGGAAGCAGCUGAUGACAUUGCUCCUAUUCCAACGUUCAGGAUAUCGGAGAUGGUGGGUGGGGAACAAGGGAUGAGGAAGAUUUCGGAACAGGUGGAGAGAUCUUCGUAUCUGAAAAAGUUGGGAACAAUCAGUACUGACCGGAACAGGGAAGAUGGGAACGAGGAGAAGGAAUCCUUAAAGCAGAAGGAUACAGCAGUGUUGAUACACUUACCACAGCAUAAUCAAACUCAUGGCGUUGGUGCUACACAAAAUCUUGUUCUGGCUAAUCAGGUGGAGCAGGUUCAUAUAUCUGAUAAUAACGCUAGACAGGUAGAUGAUAUUGUAGAAGACAAAGUGGUAGAAAAAAAAUUAGUUAGAAAUGUGACUAUAGAUGUUGACGAUGACCAAUUGGAUGACAAUGGGUGCAAUAUCAACGACAACCUCCCAGAUGUGACCUUCCCAGUCAGUCGGGCACCUCUCACGUUUGCCUUGCAGACGGAUGAUAAAACUCACACUGCUGCAGAUGACAAUGCAGACGAAAUGGCUACUCGAGCUGCUCCGUUUACAGUUGCCAGUCAGUGGAUUGGUAUGUCAGCGUUCGGCUCGAGUGGCGAGGAGAGUGACGAUGACCAGUCGGAGGAGGAGAGUGCUGCCCGAGGAGGAGAGGUGAAACUCCGGUGGCCGAAGGGUCGGUCUAAGAGAGGCCAGACUAACACUCUAGCAGAUGGGGAUGACAUGAACUAUGACAGCGUUGCCAGGAAUUCAUUGGUAUUCCUGGAUGAUAAGGGGGAGUCGAAAGAUGCGUGCCGUGGUUCGCUGGUGUUUGAUGAGGAUGAAGAUGAGGAUUUUUUUGCUCAACUGAAACAGCAAGGUGUUCAAGCAGAGGAUCAUGAAGGGAAAGCAAUGCCAAAAUCUCAAGGUGUGUUCGGUUCGGGAAGUCUGCAGAGAAUCAGCAGUUUUGAGAAUAAAGACGAUAUAAACAGCAAUAAGCAGAGUAACUUCUCUAGUCCAAGGAAAAUGCCAGAAAAACUGGCCAAAGAUAUAGGCAAUCGGAUUGGAUCCCCACUCAAACAAAGCCCUGGUAGUCCAUCAAAGCUUUUGUUCAAAGGUCGAGAAUUGUCCAGCGAUGACAAGAAAUCGGGUAAAGUGCAUUCAAAGCUUGUUGCAACAGGUAAGCCACCUCCAUAUCAGAGUUCCAAGAAGGACAAGAAUAUGGAAGAAAAAUUUAAAUACUCGACUCAUGCAGACAGUAAUUCUAGAGACUUGGAUGAUGUCCUGAAGAUGAGAGACAAUGUUCACGGCUCCCGAGAUAGGUUAACAGAUAAGUAUCAGCUGGAGGAUGUGAAGGAAGUUGUAAACCGAGAGAUAAGUACAGAGGCUGUGGACAUUUUGCAUCCGCACCUAAAUUCAAAUAUCAAUAGUGCUUUCUCAAGCCAGGCUAAUAGAUCUCCCCGUGCUUCUGACGCUCUAUGCAAUGAAAAAAAAAUGCCAAGCACCGGUUCCGCUGAGGAUAGACAAGGUAAACAGUCUGGCUUAUCCGCGAGGCACUCUCCCGCCAAAAGACGAUCAGCUUCAGCACCACGCCUAGACUAUUUAUCCCAGGAUGCCACAGAUGCCCUCCGCAGCGUCACGCCCCUACAGCUUGAUGCUGACAACCGAGUCCCAAAACCACCUCCAGGGAUGGCCCCCAAGAAUGCUGUAGUCACCGCAAGGCGGCGGCGAUACAAAGUGGCCUCGGCUAACACCAGCCCCCGUGAGCCCGCGUCACCCUGAGCAUGGCCAUUCGCUGCCUUCCUUCUUUCCUGUUGUGUUUUGUGAUCAUCUCCAUCUUCUUUAUAGACUUUGUGGUUUUCCCACUGCUAGCUUCCGACGCUCAGAAUUAGGAGUGAUGUCGAUGAUGAGGAGGAGGGCACAGUCACAGCAUCUGGGUAACAGCAGGUUAACAUAUCUUUGGAGUAACCUCGUCGGAGAUGCGACGCUGAAAUAACCUUGGCAGAGAUGUAACUUUGAAGUAAUGUCGGCGGAGACGUAAGGCUGGAGUGACAUCGUAGUAUGAGUAUCGAUGUAUCUUUGAAAUAACACGAGGAGCGAUGUGACAUUAAUGUCAUGAAGAUGUUUCACAGAAGAAAUGUCAGUAUGAGAAGAUUCUACAACUUAACCACAUUAACAACUCGAAGCUCCUGACAGGGUUGAACUCAGCUCCUGACAGGGUCCAAUAAUUUCACGUCUGCUGUAUUGUUUUGAUGACACUAUUUUGCUUGAAAGAGUAAUGUGUUUGAGAAAAACAAGAAUUUUGCAAUAUGAUGACAUAUAUGAAAUGUUUGGAUCGAAUUCAAUUAUUCCAUAUUGGUAAAGACAGUAUAUUUAAUAUCAGAAUCGUGGUUCCUUCUCAAUCAAAUUUGGCUAAUUUAGAUUGAUGUGUCAGUAUCAUCUGAUACUGAAUAUCAAUAUGGCUGCAACUUUGGUGUUCAUUAUUGAAAUCAGAAUUAGAGGGCACAGAUGUGAAUGAUAAACUAAUUCUGUAGCUUCAAGACAAAUGGAGUGUUAUUUUUCCAUCUAGAGUUGAAAACAUCAAUUGUGAUCUCUUGCGAAUAAUAAUUGCAAGAUCUGAUACGAACUGCUGUCGCUUGUGUCUUCUGUCACUGCUGCUGCCACCAUCAUGCCUGCCCCUCCACAGCUUGCAUCAUGUCCUUGUCUAGGCUAUAUGUCUCAUAGCAACAUGCCUGGCGUACACGCUGGGCUGUCAUUGGUCUGUUAGCUCUCAUGUAGUCAUGUAGGGUGGUAAAUAUGCAGUGGUUAAAAAAUAUGUACCUAUUAAGUCACUGACUCAUAAUAACACAGCUCUGACUUGCUUUUAGACAUUUACCAAUGACCAUUUUACCAAUCCAUUCUGAACAGUUUUUGACCUGCCACUAUAUAUUAUAACAUCUUAAUCACUUAACACAAAGAAAGACCCAAUCUCAUUAAAAUCAGAUCUAAGUUCUCGUUGCUGCUUAACAAAGAUCUGAGGACAUCCCAUUACGGGUCAUGUCAGAACGAGCUUUCGCAAACUUUGACUGAUGACGAAAUGACUAACAAGAAGUUGACAUCAGCCAAUUAGAAAGCAGCUUUUUCGAGAUUUACAGCACUCAUUUCAAACUGGCGACUUCCAUUUCAGACUACGCUUGAAAAAUAUAUUGACACAGUUCUUGAUUAAUAUUUUGAAAACUGAACAAACGAACAUUCCGGAAUGUCUAAUAUAUGGUUGCAAUUGUAUGUCAGUGCUUCCAAUGUACUGUGCAAUGCCUCCUCCGUUCAAAUGUUUCUCCCAUGGAAGCGAGAGAUGGACGAUAAUUUUGAUGGAAUCAAACGUAUGGGCCGUAAGUUCGUAACUGUCAUUGGAAUACCCUGUGUUAACGUUUUCGAAGUUGCAUGGUUAGAAAACACAUUCUGACUGUCCCUUUCAUGAUCUGUUAAGCAACGCUUUGAUUGGUCAGAUGAAAGGUCCUUCUGACGUGACCCGUAAUGGGAUGUCCUCAGAUCUUUGUUUAGCAAUAGCGAGACAUUAGAUCUGAUUUUAAUGAGAUUCUUUUUUUCAUAAUAUAAUAUAAAGCUCUUUUGCAUCUUCAUGAUCUUGGCACUGAAUACCUGGAUCCAGCAAACUGGAAAAGAAAUCAUCAAAUGAUCAAGACAGAAAACAUCAUUUAGACACAGCCAUUUAAUUUUCAUGUAUUUACCAGAGAAAUACC